AUGAAUGGGGGCAAUGAGAGCAGUGGAGCAGACAGACCUGGGGGCCCUGUGGCCACAUCUAUCCCCAUCGGCUGGCAGCGUUGUGUUCGUGAGGGUGCUGUGCUCUAUAUCAGCCCAAGUGGCACAGAGCUGUCUUCCUUGGAGCAAACCCGGAGCUACCUCCUCAGUGAUGGGACCUGCAAGUGCGGUCUGGAGUGUCCACUCAAUGUCCCCAAGGUUUUCAACUUUGACCCUUUGGCCCCGGUGACCCUGGGUGGGGCUGGGGCGGGGCCAGCAUCAGAGGAAGACAUGACCAAGCUGUGCAACCAUCGAAGGAAAGCCGUUGCCAUGGCAACCUUAUACCGCAGCAUGGAGACCACCUGCUCACACUCUUCUCCUGGAGAGGGAGCGAGCCCCCAAAUGUUCCACACUGUGUCCCCAGGGCCCCCCUCUACCCGUCCUCCCUGUAGAGUCCCUCCUACAACUCCACUUAAUGGGGGUCCUGGCUCCCUUCCCCCAGAACCAUCCUCAGUUCCACAGGCCUUCCCCCCUCUAGCAGGCCCUGGGGGGCUCUUCCCACCGCCAAGGCUUCCCGAUCCAGUCCCCCCUGGAGGCAGCAGCAAUUCCUGCUUCCUCCCAAGGGGCAAUGCUCCCUCUCCAGCUCCGCCUCCUCCACCUGCCAUCAGCCUCAAUGCCCCCUCAUACAACUGGGGAGCACCCCUCCGAUCCAGCCUGGUGCCCCCUGACUUGGGCUCUCUUCCAGCUCCUCAUGCCUCCUCCUCGCCACCCUCAGAUCCUCCUCUCUUCCACUGUAGUGAUGCCUUAACACCCCCUCCUUUGCCCCCAAGCAAUAAUCUCCCUGCUCCCCGUGGUCCCCCUGGUCCUUCCACUCAACCAGCCACUAUGCACCUGCCCCUGGUCCUGGGACCCCAGGGAGGGGCCCCCAUGGUGGAAGGCCCUGGGGCACCCCCCUUCCUUGCUAGUAGCCUACUCUCUGCAGCGGCCAAGGCACAGCGUCCCCCCCACCCCCCUCCCAGCACUUUACAGGGCCCAAGGCCCUGUGCCCCAGCACCCUCAGCUUCCCACUCAUCAUCACCCCGUCCCGCUCAGCGCCGUCCCCGCAGACCCCCAACUGUACUGCGAUUGCUAGAAGGGGGAGGCCCUCAAGCCCCUAGACGGAGCCGUCCUCGUGCCCCUGCUCCUGUGCCCCAAUCCUUCUCUCUCCCCGAGCCAUCCCAACCGAUUCUCCCUUCUGUGCUGUCCCUUCUGGGACUCCCCACCCCUGGCUCUUCCCACUCCGAUGGAAGCUUUAACCUUAUGGGGUCCGAUGCACACCUUCCUCCUCCCCCAACCCUCUCCUCAGGGAGCCCUCCCCAGCCUAGGCACCCCGUCCUUUCCUCCCUGCCUGGGACCUCCAGUGGCAGCCUCAGCAGUGUGCCAGGUGCCCCUGCCCCACCAGCUGCCUCCAAAGCCCCCCUAAUUCCCAGCCCUGUACUUCAAAGCCCAUCUGACGGACUGGGGAUGGGGGCGAGCACCACCUGCCCUCUGCCUCCCCUGGCUGGUGGGGAGGCUUUCCCUUUCCCCAGCCCUGAGCAGGGCCUGGCACUGAGUGGAGCUGGCUUCCCAGGGAUGCUAGGAGCCUUGCCUCUCCCUCUGAGUCUGGGGCAGCCUCCACCUUCUCCAUUACUCAGCCACAGUUUAUUUGGCAUGCUGGCUGGGGGAGGGGGACAACCGCCCUCCGAGCCCUUGCUACCCCCGCCAGGGGGACCUGGCCCUUCUGUAGCCCCAGGCGAGCCCGAAGGGCCUUCACUUUUGGUGGCUUCCCUGCUUCCACCACCCCCUUCAGACCUCCUUCCACCCCCUUCUGCACCUCCUAGCAACCUCCUAGCCUCUUUCCUGCCUCUGUUGGCCCUGGGCCCCACAGCUGGGGAUGGGGAAGGAUCUGCAGAGGGAGCUGGAGGUCCAAGUGGGGAGACAUUUUCAGGUUUAGGAGACCUGCCCCCGCUAUUGUUUCCCCCACUUUCAGCCCCCCCUACCCUCAUAGCUUUAAAUUCUGCGCUGCUGGCUGCCAGCCUGGAUCCCCCCUCUGGGACGUCCCCUCAGCCCUGUGUCCUGAGUGCCCCCCAACCUGGACCACCUACCUCCAGUGUCACCACGGCAACUACUGACCUGGGAGCCUCCUCUCUGGGCAAGGCCCCCUCCAACUCAGGGAGACCCCCCCAACUCCUUAGCCCUCUGCUGAGUGCCAGCCUGCUGGGUGAUCUGUCUUCGCUGACCAGCAGCCCUGGAGCCCUCCCCAGCCUAUUGCAGCCUCCUGGCUCUCUUCUCUCUGGCCAACUGGGGCUGCAGCUCCUCCCUGCGGGGGGAGCCCCUCCCCCCCUCUCAGAGGCUUCUAGUCCCUUAGCCUGCCUGCUACAAAGUCUCCAGAUCCCUCCAGAGCAGCCAGAAGCCCCCUGUCUGCCCCCCGAGAGCCCCACCUCAGCCCUGGAACCAGAGCCUGCUCGGCCUCCCCUCAGUGCCUUAGCCCCACCCCACAGUUCUCCCGACCCCCCAGUCCCUGAGCUGCUCACUGGGAGGGGGUCAGGGAAACGGGGCCGGAGGGGAGGAGGGGGACAUAGGGGCAUUAAUGGUGAAGCCAGGCCAGGCCGGGGUCGAAAGCCUGGCAGCCGGCGGGAACCUGGCAGAUUAGCCCUCAAGUGGGGGGCACGUGGAGGCUUCAAUGGACAAAUGGAACGGUCCCCAAAAAGGACCCACCAUUGGCAGCAUAAUGGGGAACUGGCUGAAGGGGGUGCUGAGCCCAAGGAUCCAUCCCCUCCUGGGCCCCAUUCUGAGGACCUUAAGGUGCCUCCGGGGGUAGUCAGAAAGUCGCGUCGAGGCCGGAGGAGAAAAUACAACCCCACCCGGAACAGCAAUAUCUCCCGCCAGGAUGUUACCUUGGACCCCAGCCCCACAACCCGAGCAGCUGUCCCUCUGCCUCUCCGGGCCCGCCCUGGCCGUCCUGCCAAAAACAAGAGGAGGAAACUGGCCCCAUAG